UGCUGCCCCCCAAGCCCCUCACCUCCCUGUUCGGAGGGGGCAAUGUCAGGGGCAGAGCUGCCAGGGCCACAGCCUGAGCAGUGGUCCUUGGCCAAGGAGGAGGAGGAAGAGUGGAAAUACUCCUUGAACCAAGAGCUGUCCCUGUGGGGACACGGGAGUGUCCAAAAGCUGUACCCACGGAAAUAUGAGAGAUACCAGGAGCCUUCCCAAUGUGAAGAUGUGAGUUACCAAAAUUUGCCACAAUGGGAAGGUGAGGAUUAUGAAAAGCUGUACCGAUGGGAAUAUGAGAGACACCAGGAGCCUUCCCAGCUGGGAGGUGUGAGAUACCGAGAUUUGUCACAGUGGGAGGAUGAGAGUGUCCAAAAGCUGCACCAGUGGGAAUAUGAGACACACCAGGAGCCUUCCCAAUGGGGAAAUGAGAGUCCUCAGUGGGGCAAUGAGAGUCUCCAAAGGCUGUACCAAAGGAAAGGUGGGACAGUCCAACAGCUGUACCAGUGGGAAGAUGAGAAAUACCAACAAUUGUCCCCAUGGGAAGAUGAGAAAUACCAAGAAUUGUCCCAAACAGAAUUUGAGAUCUACCAAGAACUGUCCCAGUGGGAAGAAAAAAGGCAAGGGCUGUCCCAAUGGGAAACCAAAAGAGAUAGAGAGUUGUCCCAAGAAGAUGACAGCAACAAAGUGCUUUACCAGUGGGAAGGCUCCAUGGAGCAAGACCUGUUUGAAGGGGAAUUCAGAGCAGACCCGGAGUUGUUCUAUGAGGGAGAUGACAGUGACAAAGAGCUGUCACAGGAGAACUGGGAACACAUCCCAAACCACACCACCUGGGUCAAGCCCAAGUGCCCACAGCUCCUGCAGAACCCUCACCCUGCUCCCCAGGGGUCAGCACAGGCAGCAGCUUCUCCUGCCUGGUGGGAGCAGGUGAAGGCAGCAGGGGCAGAGAACCCAGGCCCUGCCCCGCACAGCCCCUGUUGUCCCCCCAGCCCUUUGCCUUGCUGGCUGGAGGCCCUCAGAGGGGAAUGGACAGGGACACCAUGGAGGGCUGCACUGUCCAUGCCACAGACUGAGCAGUGGUCCUUGGCUGAGGAGGAGAAUGAGUGGAAAGGCUCUUUGGACCAAGAGAUGUCCCAAUGGAAAGAGGAAGAGCUAUCCCAAGCAGAUCCCGAAGAUGACAGUGAUAAAGUUCUUUGCCAAUGGGAAGACUCCACUGACCAGGAGCUGUCCUGGUGCAAAGUCAGAGGAAACCCAGAGCUGUCCCAGGGGGAAGUCAGCGAAGACAUAGAGUUAUCUGAAGAGGGAGAUGCCAGAGACCAAGAGCUGUCACAGGAGAACUGUGAAGACAUCACCAUCUACACCAUCUGGGUUAACCCAAAGUACCCAGAGCUCCUGCGACACCCUCACCCUGCUCCCCAGGAGUGGGCACUGGCAGCAUCUUGUCCUGUCUGCGGAGAGCAGAUGCCAGAGGCAGGGGCAGAGAGCCAGGUGCCCAGGAAACGUCCCUCCCGCUGCAGGCGGGUGCUGCGGGCUCUGCGCCGGCUGUUGCGGAUCCCCUGCCUGGCGGGACGGCCGGAGGAUUAGUGCCCACUGCCAGCAGCAGGCCGGGCCCCGGAGAUGAGAGCUGAGCUGGAGCCUGCACAGCUCCCUGAGGGAGCAGCCUGGGCUGGCCUGCAUGGCCAGGUGUUAGGACUUUUGGCAGAACUCCCAAGAUAAGUAACAAACUCAUAAAGGCAGCUCAGCAACUGCACUGAAAUCAGCUCUGACUGGGUAAAAGGUGCUUCCAGCACAGGGAGAUUGAACAUUAAUAAAAGAUGCUGGUUUUCCA